CCAUUUCUCCUCCGUCUCCGAUCUAUCCCUUCCAAUUCCUCACUCGCCAAAGAAAUGCUCGCACGUGGAGUUAUCUCAGCCACUUUACGGUCUGCUUUCCAAUCUCCCACCAGCAAAUACUCCAUCUCCGACGGGGACCUCGAGUCCCGAGGCUUCCUCUUCCGCCGCACCAUUUCUGGACUCAACCUCGACCACCUCAACUCAGUUUUCGUGGCUGUGGGAUUCCCGAGACGGGACCCAGAGAAGAUCAAGCUGGCCUUGGAACACACCGACUCCCUGCUCUGGGUGGAGUACAGCAAGACCCAAAAGCCGGUGGCUUUUGCCAGAGCGACGGGGGAUGGCGUGUUCAAUGCUAUAAUUUGGGACGUGGUAGUGGACCCAUCGUUCCAGGGGAUCGGACUAGGAAAGGCUGUGAUGGAGCGCCUCAUGGAAGACCUUUUACAGAGAGGGAUUUGUAACAUUGCACUGUAUUCAGAGCCCCGAGUUCUAGGGUUUUACCGGCCUCUUGGGUUCGUGGCUGAUCCAGACGGGAUCCGAGGAAUGGUCUACUCCAGAAAACAGAGAAAGAAAAAGUAAAAGAACAGAUUUGAUCAUUUUUUGUGGGUUGGUUUUUAUUGACAGUUUGAUUAAUAUAAAAAUAUAAUAGAAAUGUUUUAUGUGCAGUACAAAUUGUAGAGGAUUGCACAAAGCUAACCAUUGAUGGAGGAGAGCCCUGAAAGUGGAGUCAUUUGCCCCAUCAAUUGUUGCUUUUUUGCAAUCCAGACUGCAAAAAAGCGUUCUGAAAAUAAAAUUGCUUUACAGUCUUCUGUGCGUCAAUUUAUUCUA